GCCCCUUUUCGUCUAAAUUACUAAAAAAACACUUUGCAUCUAAAUUCUAUCUUAUUCCAAUAGCAUUAAAGAUGUUCAGUUGUCGACUUUAUCGUGUAACAUAAUAGAAAAUAGUAAAAAUAGUCUCAGUCGUAUUAAAAAAUGACGACACUAGGGAAAUAUUUUCAAUUGGUCAAAACAAAGGGAAAUACUAUUGAAGACGCAUGAAUGGACUGCGUUGCGUAGUGUGUUAAAACUAGGCGAACGCCCCACCAGACUUUAAUUGUGUCACAGAAACAGUUAAAAGAUCUAGUUAAUGUGAUUAUAGUGCUCAACAAUGGCUGCAGCGUUCGACUCGCCGAAAUACCGAAACAGUUUAAUAUGCUGCAGCCCAGGAACUGCGGACGCUUACUCGAAAUCAUCCUCAUCGACCUCGGGUUGUGUCUCAGCUGAUGAGAGCUACGAUUCCUUAAAUCAAGUACCUAAAACGAUCGCGAUAAAAAAAUUAAAAAUUCAUAGCACAGCGACGAAGGAAGAAGUCGAAAAGGCGAUAAAACAAUGCAAGGAAUUAAUUCUAAACAGCCAACAGUGUUCCGAUGAGCGUAAAUGGCUGGUUAGAUAUCUAGUCGAGCUGCGAUUACGUCUAGAAGAUAUUAAGGACACGGAUGGACAGCCUAGAUUAGGCGUGUGCAUAAAAGGUCACCAUUUUAAGCAACAAACGACGCCUCAGAACAGAAAACAGUACUGCGACCAUUGUAGUGGUGUAAUAUGGAGUAUUGUACAAAGCUCGUAUAUUUGCAGCGACUGUGGCUAUUUAUGUCAUUACAAAUGUGUAGACUACAUUUGCAGAGUCUGUGCGCAUGUUGUUAUGACGGAUAAGGGGCAGUUUGAGAUGGAUAUCUGUCCGGAAAAAGGUUUAGCAUCUCAAGACUAUAAAUGUGCUGAAUGUGCAACAGCGCUGACCUUUAAAGACACUUGGAACGAGCCACGGCUAUGUGACUAUACUGGGUUAUACUUCUGCGCAACAUGCCAUUGGAACGAUCAAUCCGCGAUACCUGCUAGAGUUGUACAUAAUUGGGACUGGGACAAGCAUUACGUAUCACGUCUCGCCUUCCAGAUGUUAAAUCUAGCUUGGAAUCUGCCUUACAUAGAUAUAGAGAGCAUCAAUCUGAAGCUGUUUAACUUUAUAGCGGAACUUGAAUGGGUGCAUAAGAUGCGGAAAGACCUUGAAUGGAUGAGGAGAUACUUAUGUGCCUGUCCAGAGGGCUCCGCUCUUCUUUCACCAUUGUUUAUGCAGCUAGGUGACAUAAAUAAAAAGUACAGUAUGGCACAUUUGCAAGCGAUUAAUGACGGGACUCUAGAAACAAAGCUAACAGAGUUGACUGAAGUCUGCCGCACUCACAUAACCAACUGUAGUUUAUGCUCAGGAAAGGGCUAUUUAUGUGAAAUUUGUAGUAAUAAUGAGAUUAUCUAUCCAUUUGACAGUGGGGCCAUAAUGUGUAACAAAUGUAACACCAUGUUACACCGUGUCUGCUGGCUCCGCAAGGGACAGAAAUGCCCUAAAUGUGUCCGUCUAGAAGAACGUAAGAAACUACAUGUGGUUACCGACGAAGCUGACACAACCGCUGAACACGAAUAUGACAUCGACAAAUUUGUUGAAUGAUUUGACAUGUAUAUUUUAUUUUCUACAGAUGUAGUGCAUAUUUUCCAUUGUAUUUUCACGGAGAUGUACCCCUCUUGCUAUUUCAAUCAGUCUUGGUACAAAAAGUACUGAGGUUGACUGAAGUAGCAUGACAAAUAUGAACCUUUCCGAGAAUAUGAUGGAAAACAAUUAUGCACUACUUUUGUACCUUAUUUUUGCCAAACUAACAUUUAUAAGUCAUUGAACUUGUAAAAUAUACAUGCAAUUUUGUAAACUAACAUUUUAAAUGGUGCUGUACAUUUUAGCAAUAAAAUAUGUUCAAAGCUUUAAAUAAAUGGCUUAAUUAAUUAUGAAAAGAGGUUCACAACUUGGAAUUACUUUUAGCUUCCUCAAAUAUAGUUUAGACUAAAAUAUUAACUCACUUUUAUAUUUUAAAUUAUACUAUUUAAUGAUUAAUGAUCUAAACCAUGUAUUAAUUGAUACAUAUAAUUAAAAAAAAAUCAUUUUAUGUUAUUUAAUUUUGGCUUUUUGUGUAAGUAUAAUCUUUUGACCACUAAUAAUUUGUUUAUUGUACUUUCAAUGUAUUUAACUAUUUUUUAUUUACUUUUUUUUGACAUAAAAAUUAUUUAUGGCCUGGCGCUGAUCUAAAAGUCCUCAUCAGAGAUAUCAGACCAAAAAAAGAUACUCAUAAUCAUCUGAAUAUGAUUACCAUCAAGGAUUUACAUAGCACAUUGUGUUCAAUCAAUAAUUCUAGAGCAUACAUCUAUUAUCUAUAUUUGAUGAUAUUGUUAAAAUAAAAUAACAUCAGCCUUGCUUGAAUUUAUAUGUAGAUUUAAAAAUUGGACUUCCAAUAAAGGUUGACACGGUAGAAUGUAAACAUUUAUUUAUAGUGACAUUGUUGUGUUUAUGUAUUUGUAUUAGCCAGGGGUCGGCAAACGGCGGCUCUUUGAAUGUACAAUUACGGCACUUUAAGCCAAAAAAUGACACUUGAGAGUUCUUAGACCACUGAAAGUAACACUUGUGGAUCUUUGAGCUACAUAUUAUUGCUGAUCUUUGCUGGGCUUGGCUCUUUCUAAAAAGUUUGCCGACCCCUAUAUUAGACCAUACAAAUGUCAAGGGAAUAGACGGCCUGUGAUUUUGUAUGUAUGUUGUUCCAUUAUCUCAUAUGUUAAUGUUAAGUUAGAUAUUUUGUUAAAUUUAUAUUUACAGUAAAAUAUUAAAACUAUUACAAUAAAA